AUGAUUACCAGCGUGACGCAGCGGAAAAGAGACAGUGCUCCGCGAAGUUUUUGGAUCAGUAUCGCUGAUGAGCUCUUCGAGAAUGUGUUUGCCUUGCACGAGCCGGUCAACACAUUUGUUUCGAAUCGCAGUCCGCACGAGGGGUUCUCGGCUACAUUAGUGGUAUGCCCACGACUGGCAUCUCGCGCGCAGCCUAAUCUCAGUCGAACCCUUGAAAUUCUGGAAGAUUUACAGAACGCGUGGCCGCUAGCAUCAAGGUGGCUGACUGUGCUGAGAAGUUCUGCAGCCUCUAUUUCGACUAGUUUGCCCACAGCCUCAUGUUUUAGUCCCGGACCAGUGCUGUCUCAUCCUGGCUUUACGAACUCUCACAGUAAUGACAAUCUUCCAGAGCAUGAUUUGACUACGAAUAAGCCAGGGAUUGGGAGUCUGGAAAUGCUUAGUGAAGCUGCAGUCUCGGCAGAAAGAAACGGUAGUGAUGACUCAAGCAGGAUUACCGGUUCUAAGAACAGAGGAAACAAUAGCAAUUUGAAUCGUAACAGGGUCAUCGAUGAAUUUCUCACAUUCAGCGUUCCAGAAACGGUGCUCAACCCUCUCAAUCGAUACCCAGGAAUUAACACCGACAACGGAGCGUCAUUUGAUAAGGAACUAACUGAAUUUAUGAACCAGCCAAGUUAUGGGAUGAUAGAUAUUUGGAUUCCUUCUGAACAGGAUGCCUGGCUGUCCUCUGGUGAGCCUUGA